AUCAGCGUGCGACGGUGCAAACGUGGGACAGAAAACAGAAGAAUCCCACGUGAACGUGGAGCUAUGGCGAGUGUGGCGGAGCCGGAGGUACAGUUUGCCCAGAAAUUGGCCUCCAACGAGAAGCCCGUGCGGAGGAAAGCGCUGAAGAGACUGCGCGGGUACAUCAGCGCCCGCUCCCGGACCCACACAGGGUUCUCAGAGGAGGAGCUGCUGAAGCUAUGGAAAGGCCUCUUCUACUGUCUGUGGAUGCAGGAUAAGCCACUCCUACAGGAGGAGCUCUCCACGCAGAUCUCAGGCCUGGUCCACCACUUCCACAACUUAGGCACUCAGCUGCUGUUUUUCCGGACCUUCCUGACUACAGUCAAGAGGGAGUGGACCGGGAUUGACCGCCUGCGCAUGGACAAGUAUUACCAGCUGGUACGAUUCGUGUUUAGGCAGAUGUUUGAGCUGCUGCAGAGGAGCCAGUGGGACCCCAGUUGCAUUGCUCAGUUUUUGGAGCUGCUGUCUUCUGAGCUGCUGCAGGCUGGAGCGCCUCCUGUAGGCCUACAGAUGCAUGUGUUGGACCUGUACCUGAGGGAGCUGGCUGUGGUCGGAGCACGUGAGCUCACUGCUGAUCAGAACCUGGUCUUUAUCAAACCCUUUAUGAAAACUGCAGCAAAGACAAAAGACCGUACCCUGUUCAGAGCCAUUUGCAGCAGUAUCUUCAGCACCAUCAUUGACCAGGCUCCCUUCGCCAUCCAGGAGCUUCUGGAGGAACUUGAGCAGGACUCUGACUCGGGCCAGGCCUCAGAGGACCAGGAGGAGCCUGAGGAGGAGCUGAAGACCAGAGCUGAGGCCAAGAAGGCUAGAUCCACUGAGGCCAUGGCACCGAUGAAUGGCACAAAGUCUCACCUUGAGAAGGAUGAUGAUGAUGAUGAAGAUGAACAGGAUGAAGAAGAGGAGGAUGACGGGCUGUCAGACUUGGAGCAGGUUGUUGAUGAAGAUGUGGGGCCUAUAUUACAGUUUGAAUACGGAGCAGUGGCAGAUAGACUCUUGGAAGUGUCCAGUCGAGGAAACACACCCAGCCGCAACAGACAGAGACUCUACAAGAUCGUCAGAGUUCUGCGAGACCUCAGCCAAGGGAGCUUCCCUCAGGAUGAGUACCCAGAUGAAGUGUCCACUGACGAGGAUGACGACGACUUCGGCAGCAGGAAGAGGAUGAAGAGGAAGCACACCGAGGAGGAAGAGGAGGAGCCUAAGAAAAAGGCUAAAGGGAAGAAGCCCCUAACGCCCAGUGCUGAACCCACCAGCUCUGUGUCCAGUGAGGAGGUCAAGAAGAAACGCAAGAAGAAGAAAAAAAAGAAGCCAUUAAGUCCAUCAGAGCCCACAGAUGCAGAGUCCACACCAGAAAUACAGCCAUUGGAGCUGACACAAGACCAACCAGAAAAUCAGUCAGAGCCAGCUAAGUAUCUUCAAGAAAAUGACACAAGUCCACAUUUAAAAAAGAAGAAAAGAAAAAAGGCAAAAAAAUCUGGAGUUUUGAACGUGGAGCAGCAAAACGGACCAACAUUAGAGAAGCAAAAUGCACCUUCUGAUCCCAAACCCAGCACUGCUCCUUCAGACACGCUUUGGACCGAAACACCCAAGCACCCAGGCGAGGAGGAGAGGGACAUGGCACAAGAUGCCCAGGACACAGCACAAACUACCCCAAAGAAGUGGAGGAGGAAAAGAGGAACAGAGGGCUCUGAACCAGGACCACAGCACCAGGAGGUCACCCUGGAAACGCAAGUUGAGAACUCAGUGCAGCCAGAGCCUAAGAAGAUCAAGAAGAAGGUAAAGGAGAAGGCUGUGGAGACAGGAGCAGAGGAGACUCGGGAGGAAUCUGAAGCUCCAGCUUUAACUGUGAAGGCCACCAAGAAACGUAAAGCUGCUGGACAGAAGAGGGCACAGGAGGACACAGGGAUGGGUAAAAAGAGGAAGAAGAAGAUCCCGGUGGAGUUUGAGUAUGAGGCAGAGGAGUUCCAGGAGGAGAUGACCACAGGAAAGCCCUCGGACCCUCCUCAGAACCCCUUGAGCUCCAGGCCUCAGAAGCCCCAAAAGCUCCACAGGAACAAGAGAGCACAUUCAGAUUUUGUGAACUUCCAGAGCAGCGGUCCUCCUCCUGCUCCUUUGUUCUGCAGAGCCCUCUGCACCAAUACGAAGAGUGCCACUCCCAAGUUGGACUCGAAGAAGGUGCGCUUUGGCCUGAAGAACAACCAAACAGCAGAGUUCUGCAGGACAGACCGCAGUCUGCUGCUGAGCCCACAGGGACCAUCCCGAGUGCCUUUUGAUCCCGAUCAGAAGCCCAAGUGUGGAGUGCUCAAGUCCCCGCCCAUCUCUGCCCGAAAACAAAAGAGUGGAGAGAGUACUCGGCCCACAGCUGCAGACUUCUUUUGAGCUAUACGAUGUUGUGUUGUAUUCUUUGUUACAGGAAGCAUAUUUUGAGGUUAAUAAACUUGAUUUAUGUGUUG